AUGUCCUCGAUAUCCCCUAUUAAUGGCGUCAAGAUAAGCGGCGAGUCGGAUCCUUCGAAAAUCGUCAAGGUGAUGGCGAAUGAGGGCAAGUCUGGAGAGCCGUUUGAAUUUGCCUACACCAACUGCAAGGUGAUUGGCAACGGAUCCUUUGGAGUCGUGUUCCAGGCAAGGUUUGUCAGCAACGGUGAUGAUGCUGCCAUCAAGAAAGUUCUUCAGGAUAAGCGCUUCAAGAAUCGCGAACUGCAGAUUAUGAGACUGGUCUCUCACCCCAACAUCGUCGAUUUGAAGGCGUUUUUCUAUUCGAACGGGGAUAAAAAGGAUGAAGUUUUCCUCAACCUCGUGCUCGAAUAUAUCCCCGAGACCGUCUACCGUGCCUCUCGACACUAUGCCAGGAUCAAGCAGACGAUGCCCAUGUUGCAGAUCAAGUUGUACAUGUACCAGUUGUUCCGAAGCUUGGCCUACAUCCACGCAGUCGGCAUCUGUCACCGCGACAUCAAGCCUCAGAACUUGCUCUUGAACCCUGUCACCGGCAUCUUGAAGCUUUGUGAUUUCGGAAGCGCCAAGGUCCUUAUUGCAGGAGAGCCCAACGUUUCGUACAUUUGCUCGCGUUACUACCGGGCACCCGAGCUUAUCUUUGGCGCCACCAACUACACCACCAACAUCGAUGUUUGGUCAACGGGAUGCGUUAUGGCAGAGUUGAUGUUGGGUCAGCCUUUGUUCCCAGGAGAGAGUGGAAUCGACCAGUUGGUUGAGAUCAUCAAGGUCCUUGGCACGCCAACUCGGGAACAGAUCAAGACGAUGAACCCCAACUACAUGGAGCACAAGUUCCCUCAGAUCAAGCCCCACCCCUUCAACAAGAUCUUCCGCUCAAGGACACCCCCAGAGGCGUUGGAUUUGAUUGCCCGCCUUUUGGAAUACACUCCUUCAAGACGAUUCACGCCCAUUGAAGCCAUGGUCCACCCCUUCUUCGAUGAGAUCCGUAACCCCGAGACCAAACUGCCCAACGGCAAGGACCUUCCUCCUCUGUUCAACUUUACUGCCCUCGAGCUGUCGAUCCGCCCUGAGUUGAUUCCCAUGUUGGUGCCUCGUCAUGCGGAGCCCGAGCUCCAGUCGCGUGGAAUUGACAUCCACAAUUUCGUCCCCGUCCCCCGAAGUGCUACACGGAUCUCACUGGACUGA